AUGCCCAUUGUGGCUUCCACACGGGACACAAAAUCAUCUGGACUCCGUGACCUCCACCCGGAAGAGAUAAUCUACCGCCGACUGGCUUCGCACCGGUCGCGCUGGGACAAAGAGCAGGUCCAGCGAUUCAUAGACGAAGAGACCUACUUUGCCCAUGAGAAACUCCCCGCCAGUCGCCCUCUCCCAAGGUCCGAUCUGCUCGAGUGCAUUCACGCCUAUACCGCUGAUUUCUAUCAACAUCGGUCGAAGAAACGAGGAAAACUAGACCAUCAUAGUAUGGACGAGUCGGCCUUACUUGCAGUCGGGAUCCUGGUCGAAGAAUUGGCCCGUGAGCAGCUUGGUGCUACCGGGGAUUUGGUGCUCGUAGAGGGGAUGUCAUCCUCAGAAGAUGAGGGUGAGGUCAGUGAUAGCACAUUACCCGCAGUGGUACGGAGAAAGAAGCGUGCGCGGGCGAUGACUGUUGAUGGGCCAGUCAGCCAACACCAUCAGCAUCUAAAGGGCGUGCGACAGAAGCACAAGCGUCGUCGGACCAAGCGAUCGGAAGCAGAAUCCUCGGGUCCCGAGACAAAUCCUGAAAGAACAGGCAGUGGAUUUGAGAACGGGUGA